AUGUUGACGGCCAGAAUUCUUCCUUUGGGCUUCAUUGCCAUGCGACAGCGUCUGUCACUGUCACUGUCACUGUUGGAAGUUCUGCAACGGAGACCGCCGCCAUUUGAAACCACCAUCACUGAGGGUGCUGGUACAACUACUGAAGCACUUGCUACGUUUGUCGGCAGCACCACUACAGAAGCGCCUACGACUACCACUGAAGCAGCAUGCGUUGCAACCAACGUCAUCCAAAAUUCUGGCUUUGACAGCCCCGCCAACGGCAGUCCAUGGGCACUCAGCGGUUACACUUUUGUUAGCACAUCCGACCCACGAUCGUCCCCCAACCAUAUCUUCUUCGCCGCCGAGAUUGGCAACGGACCCAUCCAGCAAGACAUCCCUAACUUAGACCUUUCCAAAGCUUAUCAAUUCUCGUACUAUUACACUCGUGGAGAAUUCUUCGAUAGCACUGACUGCGUUAUCACUGUCAAAGCGGGCGCCGCCCUCCUGGAUACGAACCCCAUCGUCUCAACGAGCCCCAAGUUUUUAUACACCAAGCGACGGUUUUAUGUAUCGGCUGGCACUCUUUCCUCUACUACAAUCGAGAUAAAUGCGUCCUGCGGCAACUUCAAUGGAGGCACGAAUAUUCUGGUUGAUGAUUCCAUGGAAGUGGCCUGCCACGACUGA